CUUCCUUUGAUUAGGGUUGAUACCACUGCAAAUGUAACAUACAAAAUGACCCCUUGAAAAUAAACACAGAAGACGACCAAAAAAAAAAAGUAGGGAGAGCGAAAGGAGUUGAGCGAAGAGAAGAGAAUCUCAGCGAAACAAGAGCGAUGGAAGAAGAUUUUGAUUUUGGAAAGAAGGUUUCGAUAAACGAUACCAUGGAUGCUGCUGAACAAAACGCAUCCAAUUCAACCAAAAUUCUUCUUUUGCUUCGCGGCUUUCUCGGAAUUCAGCAACGCAGAGCCGAAGCAUAUUCCAAACUCAAAAGGGGGUUUUCUGAUUACAUGGCUUCAGGAGGGGAAUUGGCUUACCAGAAGCUUUGCAGUGAAAUCACAAUAGAGUUCAAUGAUUGCUCAAAAAAAGUCCUUGAGAUGGAGUCAUUAUUCCAGAGCCCUGACUACCAGAGAUUAGAUCUUGCACAAAUUCUUAGAGCAGUUCAAGAUCAGGAAAAGCAAAAACUGCACCUGACAGCUACCAUUCAAGUGUUAAAAAAAGCUGGGCGCCCUUCUGAACGACUGGUUAGCCACGAGAAUUGCAAAUAUACGAAACCUAGAGAACACGAGUGUGUUCAUGUCCAGGAGAUUACUGAAGCUUCUGGAACUGAGGAGGCCGAGGCGGAUGCUGAGUAUGAUAAUGCUCUUAAGGAAGCUAUUAAAGGUGUCCAAGAUGCUGUAACAGCCAUAAAUGAACAUCUAGAAGAAGUUAGAUAUGAAAUUGAGGCCCUUGAAGCAGAUUGAUUCUCUGCAUGUUCAUUUAUUUAUACAUUUGCUGACUUAGAUUCACAUUAAAAGCAUAAACAUAUUUCCUUUGAAAGGAUAGGUAAAGAUGCACAGUGCUACAAGUAUUGAGAUGUAUAUAGAUUCCCUAGAGUGGAGUUCAUGAAUUUUGUUCAGUUAAUCAUCAACAAAUUCUAUUAAAAUGGUGAAAAAUUCAAAAGUUCCAAUGAAAAGUUUAAAAUCCA